AUGUCUUCUACUUUCACUUUCUUCAUCCUCUGUGUGCAGGCUUGCCUCAUCCAAGUGAGCUGGAAUGGACUCGGUGCUGGGUGGAACGGAAUCGACGGAGAAUACGGCGCCGGUUGUGGCUCAUAUGGCGGCGAGGGAAUCGGCAACGUGGGUGUUGCCGGUGAGCUGCCCGUCGCUGGUACCACCGCUAUCAUUGGUCGCGUGCCCAUCAUCGGUGCCGUCGAGUACGGAGGUCAGGCCUGCGCCGUUGGUACCGUCUCUAUCUACGGACACUGCGCACCCAUCUGCGGAUGCGGCCGCAGCACAAUCUACUAA